UCUCACUAGUGGCCAAGCGGCCAUUACCUCAACGAGCCGUUUUAGUUCUGUUUCCAAAUUGGCAAAAUCAUCAAAUUAAGGAGGCGAAAAAUAGGGGGAGAUACCGAAUAAAAAUCCGAUCUUUUUGAAUAACCCCCUUCGAGAUCGAUGUCGACGCCAUCGAGGAAGAGGCUGAUGAGGGAUUUCAAGAGGGUACAGAACGAUCCGCCGGCGGGAAUCAGCGGGGCCCCUCAGGACAAUAACAUCAUGUUAUGGAACGCCGUGAUCUUUGGACCUGAUGACACUCCUUGGGACGGAGGUACGUUCAAAUUGACUCUGCAGUUUACAGAGGACUAUCCUAACAAGCCACCCACUGUUCGAUUUGUCUCGCGAAUGUUUCACCCAAAUAUCUAUGCAGAUGGAAGCAUUUGCUUGGACAUUUUACAAAAUCAAUGGAGUCCUAUUUAUGACGUCGCUGCUAUAUUGACUUCCAUUCAGUCCCUUCUCUGUGACCCAAACCCAAACUCCCCUGCAAACUCUGAGGCAGCAAGAAUGUUCAGCGAAAACAAGCGCGAGUACAACCGGAGGGUUCGAGAAAUAGUAGAACAGAGCUGGACAGCAGACUAAAGAAAUCAUGCCAUGAUGACUCUGCUGGCCAUAUAUCUUUGUUGGUGUGAAUAAAAAAUCAAAGGUGUUUCCAAAUGUUGUGUCCUGUUGAUUUGGGCGUAAAAAGGUUGUCAACGGGAGUGAAUUUAUGCAAGUGCAAUUUGACGUGCCACGUUGAGAAGCAGGAUGUUUCUUGUUA